ACAGCGUGUUACCAGGAGGAGAGGGAGGUUUUACUGAGGGGAGACAGAUGCUGGAUCACAGAGUUGCACUACGCCUUCCAGGACGACAACUAUCUGUACCUGGUGAUGGAUUACUACGUAGGUGGGGACCUGCUGACUCUGCUCAGUAAGUUUGGAGACCGGAUCCCGGAGGACAUGGCUCAGUUCUACCUGGCUGAGAUGAUCAUGGCCAUCGACUCCGUCCACAGACUGGGUUAUGUGCACAGAGACAUCAAACCUGACAAUAUCCUGCUGACGGCUGAAGGACACAUCAGACUGGGGGACUUUGGUUCCUGUCUGAGGCUCCUGGAGGACGGGAUGGUUCACUCGUCCCUGGCAGUCGGGACCCCUGACUAUUUGUCUCCAGAAAUUUUACGGGCAGUGGAGGGAGGCGGGGGUUAUGGUCCUGAAUGUGACUGGUGGGCUCUGGGAAUCUGUGCCUACGAGAUGAUGCUGGGGACCACGCCCUUCUACGCAGAGUCCAUCUCUGAAACGUACGCCAAGAUCAUCCACUUUCAG